CUGCAACCUCGGUGGGUCUGUUGGUUGGGUCACUCGCUGUGCCCGUGACAUGCAUCGGAUUACGUUACUCAACCAGGCAGUAUUGUACGAUCGCACAUGAGGUGUUUUCUUCAUUCCUGCCUAUCCAGAGCCGAACUCCGACAAUAACCUGACUGUUAAUUCCCUUAUUGCUGUCCUUUCUCAAGUCAACACCUUUCUCAAAUUCACUGGCACUCAUCAACCACCAGCUACGCAUCAACGGCAGGCAGACGCAUUACAUCAUGUCGGCGCCCACUCAAGAGCCACACGAGGCGUUGGCUGCCGAUACCUUUGACGAUAGCGACUCGACUUUCUCAGGCGUAAGUUCAGUGCCGAGUCUCCCAGUGGCACCAACUCGCGUACAUGAUAUUAUACCAAGAGCCAAAGCUGAAAAACCACAGACCGAUUCAGAAAGUCUAGAGUCACUUAGGUCAAGCGUCUUACGCUUCCAAGAAGAAAAUGGAAGAACUUACCAUGCCAUGAGUUCUGGAAAAUACAAUUUUCCCAAUGAUGCGUCUGAAAGCGAUCGUCUUGAUCUUCAGCAUAAUCUCUGGCUACUCACUCUUCACGGGGAGCUCGGGCUCAGCCCAAAGAUCAAGGAAUCCGCCAAACGAGUCAUGGAUGUUGGCACUGGAACCGGCAUUUGGGCUAUCGAAUAUGCCGACCUUCAUCCCGAAGCUCAGGUCGUCGGCGUAGACCUUAGCCCUAUCCAACCUUCAUUAGUCCCACCUAACUGCAGCUUCGAAAUUGACGACCUUGAGAAGGAAUGGAUGUGGACAGAACCAUUUGACUUUAUCUUCUGCCGCGUCAUGACAGGAUCCUUUGCCGAUAUGGAGAAAUUCGUCCACAACGCCUAUGACAAUCUUGAACCCGGCGGCUAUCUCGAAAUGCAAGACCUAACCUACCCCAUCGCCUGCGAUGACGGAACCCUCCCCCCAGACUGCGAAGUUCUCCGCUCAGGUCUUCUCAGCAUCGAAGCCAGCUCCAAAGCAGGAAGAGCCAUUAAUCUUGCUCCCAAGUACAAGAGCUUCCUUGAAAAGGCUGGAUUUGUUGAUGUGAUGGAGAAGCAGUUCAAGUGGCCUAUUAACGAAUGGCCCAAGGACAAGCACUACAAGGAAUUGGGAAAGUGGUCUUAUGCUAACAUCAACAAUGGUUUGGAAGGUUUGCUGCUUGGAUUGUUUACGAGGUUCUUGGGCUGGAGUGCGGAUGAGGUUCGUGUGUUCUGCGGUGCGAUGAGAAAGCAGCUUCGCGAUCGAAGUAUUCAUGCGUACAUCCCGGUUUACGUGGUUUAUGGAAGAAAGCCACUGGAGCAGCCUGCAGGCAAAGCCUAGGGAUAUCGCCGAUGUUGUAUGUCCUCAUGUGUGGCUCAAAAUAGUAUUUCUCGUUUCCAUAAAUCUCAUUCUGCCAAGAUUUCGUAACAGCUCAGCAUAUACGUUACAUAAAGACAUUGAAAGCUUUUCCAUCGAUUUCUGCAUUACCUCAAGCAGCCGAACUAGUCCAAGUUACCAAGCUUCCUCGAGAAAUCGAUAGUCUCAGU